UUGGCUGUUGCAUACAUCUUGGCUGUAUCUAUAAGGAUAUUCAGGAAUCCAAGAAAGAUGGCUGCAUUGUUCUUGGACUUGGAUUACGCUACAACUCCUCCACAGAAACCAGCUCUACAAAUCAGUUCUGAGUUCAGGCAUACUAGCCCUGUGAGUUUCUAUGAUCGUUCACAUUGUAGUUCACCCAUGCAAGAAAGCUUAGACUGGCCUUCAAGUGAGCAAGUGGAGUUCACACGAUUGAACCCCUCCAGAACUAAAGACAAUACAGAAGGAGAAUGGCAUAUGGUAACAGCCACUCGCUCAUUGCUUGGCAGGGAAAGAAGAGGCCAGAGGGAAGACCAGCAGAGGGUGUUUUACAACAUCUUGCCAAGACCUCCUUUGAUGAGAGCUGUGGUGUCUCAAACUUCACCAACCUCAAAUCAUCCGGACAAAGAGCACUUCAGCCAACUCCUUCUAAGAGAGGACUGUCUCCCAAUAGAACCCAAUAGAAAACCUCCUAGACAUGACCAACCUGUCUGGAGUCAGAGCCAGAAUUUAUUCACUGAGGAUAUUUCUACCAAGGUUCAUCUUUCUAUUAACACAGUGCAUCUGUUCCCUGAACGUCAGUUUAGAGCAAACCAGCCUGCAAUGCCUUGUUCAAAACUGGAAAAGGCAACUCAUGAGAGAUUUAGCUUGAGUGUUGACACUGACAUUAAACCAUCUCAGGGUGACCCUGACCGGUCAUGUCAACCUCAAACCAGCCCAGCUAAACCUGACUGCAGCCCAAAACAAAAGAAGACACAGUACACAAAACAUAGAGAAACCGGUGAUGUUAGAAACACUGAGCACAACCAUGUAAAAAGUCAGGUGAAUGUGAACUCAAAGAAUGUGUUUGGUCAGCCUCGAGUGAUCGCAUCACUGCGAGCAGCAUGUUCCCCGCGGCCUGUUCGCAAGAGCACAGUGGUGGAGGACUUGAAAAAACUCAUUGUGAUGGAUGACACACAGGACAGCGCUCAGGGUGAUUCAUCACCUCAACAAAAAGAGGCGGGGCUUUGCAGCAGUUUGCGAAUGUCAGGUUCAUACCCAAGUCCAUCAUUAUUCAGUCAAGCUUACCAAUCAAACCCAGAGUCUCUCGCACUCACACCCAUCCAUCUCCACCUGGAAAAACGUCAAACAGAAUGUGGAGGAUUGCCUGAGCAGGCUGAAUCUGACCUGUGGGACAGAGACCAGCAUCCUGAUCCUGAACUCAUGUCCCUGCCAAGCACAGCCAGUGAUCUCGACUGGAAUAGUUUAGUUCAAGCAGCCCAAGAAUAUGAGACACAAAGGAUGGCAACCCUUUUGUCAGAAAUGAGUCCUGUAUCAAGCAGGCCAGACACACCGUCACAUGGACCCUACAAGAUCCACCAAUCCAGCUCCUACUGCAGUGGAGAAGAUAUGGCCAGUGAUGUAUUCAUUGACUUUCCCGACCAACUCUCUCACCUGGAAGGGAUGCUUAGGCGACUGAGUGGUGACCUGCUGAAGGAGAAGAGAGACAAGGUGACUCUUCUGGCAGAGGUGUUGAAGCUUCGCAUUAGCAACCAACAUCUGAGAGAAGAGUCCCUCUGUGCAGUUGCACAACUACACAAAAUCAGCAACAUUUUAAACACGGCACCUGGAGAGAUGGAGUAAUGCAGGGUUGCAAGCAAAGACUACAUAUCGGCACACUUUUUUUGCCCUGAUUUGGGAGGUAAAAAUCUGCAGAAUGGAUGUAAACAUUUAUAGAUGUGUUACAUGAAGCCAUUGGUGACUGAAAGCUUAAUCAAAUUAACCCAAGUAUUUAAUUUCAUGAACAAACAUUUAGGGGCAGAGGUUAUGUAGAAACGUAUAAAGCAACUUACAAAUGACAAUGUUCCAGUUCUUUUGAACUUUUUUACUGGUGGAGGUUUCAUGCAAGCUUGAAAACCCAAACAAAAUGAACUAAUUUAAGGUUUAUUAACAGCACAGUACAAACCAGAACAAUUUUCAUGAGGUUGGCAGCUCUCUUGGGAAACAUAUUAGAGCUCCUCUAAGGCUUCUUACUGAAUAAUUAGGUUAAGGCUAUAAAAAACAACAACAACUAUAAA